UGUCAUUACAUUAUGAUAACAGUCUUCAUGUCUGUAUGACAAAAAUAUAGGUUAACAGAAAUACUGUCAAAUAUUCUUAAGAGAUGAGAAUCAUCUUUGAUGUAAUUGCCUGCUAGUACUGGUAGUCGUAUCCACAGAUUACAUUUUAUAUACACUGGUUUGCUAGUUUGGACUUUAAACUUUGAUCAGAGUUUUCCUCUGAUAUAUAUAAAUCUUAUUAGAAUAAAAUCAAAAAUGUCACAGCCACAGAGAAGGGCGGUUUUGAACCUUUACAAAACGCUGUUAUUUUUAGGAAGAGAUUGGCCACAGGGUUAUGAAUUAUUUAGAAAACGUUUACAUAAUGUUUUUCUUAGAAAUAGUGAGGAAACUGAUUCAAAGAAAAUUGAUAUGAUGUUGAAACAUGGUCAAUUCGUCGUUAAGGAAAUAGAAGCUCUUUAUAAGUUAAAAAAGUACAGAGCAAUGAAACGAAGAUAUUAUGAUGACAAUUAACAAUAAUAUAUUAUGUUUCACGGUAUGUACAUCUUGUUUCUUAAAUAUGAUUUGAAAUUCAUUCAUUCUAAAUGCUGCAUAUUUAAAUUUAUACAAAAAUAAAAUUAAUAAUAAGGUAAUAAAAGGGAUUAGUUUUAAGGUGUCAAUUAUAUCAAUAAAAAUAUAUGCAAAAUAAUUCUUAGAAGUGAAAAAAAUAUAUAAUUUUAGAUUUAAAAAAUGUGAUAGUAAAUAAAUGCAUGUAUUAAAUAAUUUAUCUAUUAUAAUUGUUUUAUUAAAUAUAUAAGGGAAAGAAAUAGACUUUUAGUUUGUUAAUUUUUAUACAUUAAAUGUGAUAUAUGUUGGCUACAGAUCAUGAGCAUAUGUUCAACGUUCUAUAUUCAAAAAUUUUAGAAUGUUAUGAAUUAAAUAAAUAAAACUA